UAUCUCUCUCUACACUUAUUUGUUCUUACAUGCAUGGUUUAAAGAAUUGGAUUUUCUUGAUUUUUAGCAAGAAAAGCCAUUGAUAAACCAAGGGGAACACAGGGUUCUUCAAAUCUUGAUUUUAGCAAGAAACCCCCCUUUCUUCUUUUUUUUUUUUUUUUUUUGGUUUUUUUUGUUUUUCAAAUUUUGAAAAAACAAGAAUUGUCUGUUAGGUUGAGGCCAAAGGAGAGAAGGAGGAGAUAGAUAGCUUUCUGGUGAUGAUGAAAGGUGUGAUGAUUCAUCAACCAAAUCUGCAGCAAUCCCCAGCUCUGGACAAUCAAGAAAACAUGUCUAAUGUAACUUCUGCUGCAUCUGGGGAAGCCAGUGUGUCUUCUAGCAAUGGUGGAGUUUACCCUCAUCAACAACACUACUUUGGUGGGAACACCAUAAAUAAUCAACCUCAACCUCAACCCCAGCAAAUCAAGAAGAAAAGGAACCAACCAGGGAACCCAGACCCAGAUUCAGAAGUGAUAGCUUUGUCACCGAAGACUCUGAUGGCGACCAACAGAUUUGUGUGUGAAAUCUGCAACAAAGGGUUCCAGAGGGACCAGAAUCUGCAGCUUCACAGGAGGGGCCACAAUCUGCCAUGGAAGCUGAAGCAGAGAAGCAGCAAGGAUGUGGUGAGGAAGAAGGUGUAUGUUUGCCCAGAAACUAGCUGCGUUCACCAUGACCCAUCUAGGGCCCUGGGAGACCUCACUGGGAUUAAGAAGCAUUUCUGCAGAAAACAUGGGGAGAAGAAGUGGAAAUGUGAGAAAUGUUCUAAGCGCUAUGCGGUUCAGUCUGAUUGGAAGGCUCACUCUAAAACAUGUGGAACAAGGGAGUAUAGAUGCGACUGUGGAACCCUUUUUUCUAGGAGGGAUAGUUUCAUCACACACAGAGCUUUCUGUGAUGCAUUAGCAGAAGAGAGUGCCAGAGCCAUUAAUACUGGGAAUAAUAAUGCAUUUCAUCAUCUCCCUCAGCCCCGUUCCUCGCCGGCGCCGCUCAGUAAUAUAAGCCUCCAUUUUCAGCCGGCGCCGCCGCAAUUUGCGGCGCCGCCGUCGUAUUCCAUCAAGAAAGAGCAGACAAACGCCAUCGCCGCCGGUUUCAACCUCCGCCCGGAAAUCCCGCCGUGGCUGCUCCCGUGUCCAACCGGAGGGUCUCCGCAGCCGCAGCAACCGCCGCCGCCUGCGGCGGCGAUUGACUUUACCCCGUCAAUUUUCCAAGAAUUCGGUGGGGCCGGGCUGGCGGGGUUCCAUUCGGCGGUGGGAUCUCCGCACAUCUCCGCGACGGCGCUGCUCCAGAAAGCCGCCCAGAUGGGCGCGACCAUGAGUGGUGGGACCGGGAAGACCGGGGCGGGAGGAGGGGGACCAACAACGUUGGUGAUGUCUGGGCCCCACCUCGCUCACGUGUCGUCUGACCAGCCUGCGAACAACAACAACAACCACCACAGCAACGCUGAUUUUGGUCUCAAUUUGUCGUCACGUGGCGCCGGCGGCUUAUUACUCGACGGCUUGGCUUCGUUCGGGGGCAAAACUACGGUGUCCGCGGCUCCACCCUCCGCUUCCCCUGCACCCUCACCUUCCUUUCUUCACGAUAUGAUGAUCAACUCUUUCUCCUCCAAUAAUACCCCCUUCGAAGACCCCCUCUUCGGCUCCUUCUUCAACAACAAAAACCCCGGCGACGGCGUCGUCGCCGGCGACGACAUAACCAAGGAUUUCCUGGGCUUACGACCACUCUCCCGGUCCGACAUUUUCAACAUAACCACCGGCGGCCAGCUUGUUAAUUCUCCGACCGAUCAUCACCAUAAUCAUCAUCAUCAGGGCGGUCAAAGUCAAAAGACAUGGCAGCAGCAAGCUUAGCUGCAAUCUUAUCAUCAGAUCAGAUCAGAUCAUCUUAAUUUUAAACAACCUGCAUAUGAUAAUAAUCAGUCUUAGAUUCUGUCUUUUUUUGUUAUGAUCGAAAAAAACCUGGUACAUUAUAUGUCAGCAACUCAAUUUGCAUGCUGUCAGAUCAGUACUUCAAUAUUUAAUCCGCUUUUUUAUGUUUAUUCUUAAAUUAAUAAUCUGUAUUUUUUUUUUAAAUUUCCUUUCAUAAUAAAGGGAUAGUACUGAUGCAUAGCAAA